AAACAAAUACAAAAAAGGGGGGAAUCCGAAUCGCUCCUGACUAGUUUCAGUUCUAUUUUGCAUUACCACAAAAAUUAGUAAACAAAUGGAAGUCUACGAAUAAUUUAAGAAUUGUUUACAAAUAUUGGGCAAAACUAUUUAUAAGAUGUUGUCUUUAAGUUUAAUAUCCCAUACAUUUUUCAAUCAUUAAAAUAAUGUUAUUAUUUAAUCCGUAAUUAUAACAAUUUGUAUCUAUUUUAAUGCCGACUCGUACAAUUCGCUGAUAAUGUUUUGCAAUUUGUUUCAUAGGAAAACCAAUUUUAUCGUGGUAAGAAUAGAGUUGGUUUUCGGUCGACAGAGUAAAUGUACUAAGAAAAAUAUUGUUGCGUUGAGUUCAUUAAGUGUUUUGACACCGAGAUUAUAACAUGCAUAAGUGCAUUAUAACUUAAUUUUAAUGUAAAUCGUUGAAAGUGCGUGUUUUGUAAUUAAGUGUUUAUUUAAUAGUGUGUGAAUUAAAACUGUGUUAAAUAAUAUUAUUGUGAAAAGUGAUGAUCUUAAUUUUGGCUGAAUAGAUUGUCAGAUAAGGACGUGCCAUGGCAAGAGCCGCAGUUCAUUGCGUUUUAUUUAUUUUAAAUACAAUAUUUACUCAGUCAAGUUACGUAUUUCAUGAAAAUACUAACAUUAUUUUUCAACCGCAGUAUUCUGCUGAGUAUUUUGGUUUUUCUACGUUGUUGACUAAUGAUGGAAUCCUAGUUGGAGCCCCAAAAGCUCACCACCCUGAGUACGUGAGGAACAUAAACCCUGGCGUGGUGUUCUACUGCUCCUUGCAUGAAUUUACACAGAAACAUGUUAACUGCACACCUCUUAAACGAGACAGUAUAUUUAGACCGGCGGAUGUAAGGGAUCUUUAUAGACUAAUGCCUCCGGAUUUCUUGAAAGAUGACGUGUGGUUCGGAGCGACCAUGGUCCAAUUACCAAACGAAAGAUUACUGAUAAAUGCACCAAGAUGGACUUCACCGUACGGUAGAAAACAUCUUCUCAUGAAUGGAGCCAGUUUCUUACACACAACGAGAGGUUACAGAGUCAUGUACCCCUUACGAGAGAUUAAUCGGCAAGCCUACGUAACGGAUGGUGAGAGAAGAGAAUACGGGGAGUACGGAACUCAUCUAAACUACUACGCUUACGGCCAGGCAGGGAUGUCGGCUGCUGUCACCAAGGCCAAUACUGUCAUCCUCGGAGCACCCGGCCUACUUCAAUGGACUGGAGGAAUUGUCAGUUUAUCGUUUGACCCGAAUGAUUCAAAUGCCAACAUGAAUAAGUUACCGAUAGCCAACACAUACAAUACUAAAGAAUUGGGGCCUGACGAUUAUUUUGGGUACAGUGUGGGUUCCGGUAUCUUUGACAGAACUGGCAAAACGCUAUACGUAGCUGGAGCACCUCGUAAUAACAUAGCAACUGGACAGGUGUUAGUCUUCAAACCGCCGACUGAAGAGCUAGACAGUCUUAAAAUCAUGGCGAAGGUCAAAGGAACUCAAAGUGGGUCGUACUUCGGAGCCAGUGUAUGCUGCACGGAUAUCAACGAAGAUGGAUUUGAUGACCUUCUAGUUGGGGCUCCUACUUUCGUUAAUUCAGAUGACUGGCUGCCGUUUGACCAAGGAGCUGUAUACGUUUAUCUGACAACGGUAAAGGAUUCUGGCUUUGUUUUGGAUGAUGCUGGAUACGUGACAGGUUCUGGUACUAACGGAGCUUGGUUUGGUAACAGCAUAUCAGACCUGGGGGACAUUGACGGCGAUGGUUUUCAAGAUGUUGCAAUAGGAGCACCGUGGGAGGAUGAUGGGAUUGGUGCAGUUUACAUUUACAGAGGAACCUUAGAAGGAUUAUCAAAUAAAAACGUUCAGAGAAUACAACCUGCAGGAGCUAGAGGCUUCGGAUGGUCGAUAGCUAAAGGAGUUGACGUGGAUAAUAAUAAUUGUAGCGAUCUUGCCAUAGGAGCCCACAACAGCCAGACAUCGUACCUAUACCGAUGUGUUCCCACAAUGCAAGUGGACGCCGUUAUAAGGGUGCCAGACGCCAUUAACCUGCCACAAAACACCACGAAUUUCACAGCAGUGUUCUGUGUGUCUGCUCCAGUGACACAAUUAUGGAGAAAUGUUGAAAUAAAUAUAAUUGGAACAAUCGAAGCGGAUCCAGAAAGUAACAGGGCACUGAUAUCAGGAGAUUCAGAAAUCUCAUUUCAUUUAACGCCAGGACAAGAAAUAUGUCAUGAGCAGACUAUUGAAAUUAAUCCCACUGCUGACUUGUCAAAACCAAUAGCAUUGAUAUUUCAACUGGAACCUGACGAGUUGAUGAAAGAAAACUCCACAGUAUUCCUUUCGAACGCUGCAAGAUUAUCUGAAAAUUCGACGUUAAAAACUUCUUUCCUUAUACAAUUAGUUAAGGAUUGUGGGGAAGACUUGAUUUGUACUCCAUGGCUUAUAAUGACUUUGAAGGCUUUUCAUUCUCCACACAUCCCAGGAUCAAACACAACGCUUGGUUUGAGAGUAUCAGUUACGAAUAAAGCAGAACCAGCUUAUGGUGCUAGAGUAGAAAUCUUACAAACCUUACCUCUAAAAAGGAUUCCUAGUGAAUGCACUCUGAAAAAAUUAGCACUAUUAUGUGAAAUAAAUAACUUACUCAGAGACGAAACCAUUACUUGGGAUCUUGAAUUAGACGAUUCAAAUGAGAAAUAUCAAGUAGAUGUUAUGCAUUUCCACGUUAAUGCAGAAUUGAUUGAUCCAUUGUUAAGAAACGUUACUGAUGAAGCAAAGAAAGAACUAAUGCUUGAAGUAAUUCCUCGUUCUGAUUUUAGUGUUUCCGGUAAAUCCAUGCCGAAUGAUACCAUAUCUGUUUUAAGAGAGAGCUUGGCAACUGGUGCCAAUGUUUCCUUUAAACAUUAUUUUGAGAUAACUAAUCUUGGACCUUCAGACGCUCCAGUUUUGACCGUGGAGAUUAUUCCACCAAAUAGGACACGUAUUGCUGCUAACAUCAGCGGAUGCGAACGAGACAAGGCCACUGAUUUGUCAGAAACCGAAGUCCUUAAAUGCAUUUGGAAAAUACCAGCCAAAGUAUCUUACCCAGUUUACGUUCCAUUGCAAAUGGAUUUAAGUAUAGAAGGUGAAUUCCUGAGAGAAAAUAACACUUAUAAUGCAACAACAGUCAUCGUCGUUCAUAAGAAAGUUCAUGGUUUUCCUAACUAUAUCUAUUAUAAUGUGACUACAACACUGAUCUUGGAACCAGAAAGCUUUACUUGGAAGCUAAUACUAGUCUGCGUACUACUGGGCUUACUGUUACUGGGUGUGAUUGUCUACAUAAUGUAUAAGCAAGGAUUCUUCCAAAGGACUACACACAAGAUGCUGCAGCUUCAAAAAGAUAAGGAUCAACAGUUGAUUCAAGAAAGCGAGUCAUCGUCCUCUCACUACGAGACAGAUGAAAAUACUCAAAGCGCGGGAGAGUGUGAUGAUGCUGAUUAUCAUGAGAUACAGUAGCUGAUGUCGACGAGGUUAAAGAAAAAAUACGUUUAAACAUGGUUGCCUCAAAUAUUGAUUGUUUAAGUGGUUUUAAGGUUGGAAAGAAAGCAGUUCAGUGAUUGAAGCUUAUUUAUGGAUUUGAUCCCUGCGUAGGACACGCAUUAUAUUAUUUAUUUUAUUUAAAAAAAACGACUCCCACACUAAAGAAUUUAAUCCUUGUUUCACAAACAUAUAAUUCACAUGCACAAUGAUACCCAGACUCAGAACAAGCAUUUGUGGAUAACACCAAUAUUUGUCAUACGCGGGGAUGGAACCCGCGACACGACGCGUGCAAUGGUUUUGGCGUGGUGACGAUAACCACUCGGCUAUACUGGCAUUCGUUUGUUCUAGGAUAUUGUUACACCAAAGACUGAAUCCAAGAGUCUUAAAAUAUAGUAUUAGUAAACGUACAGUUAAAUCAAUUACGUAUUAGGUAAGUGAAAUAAAUUUGUAAAAAAAAA